AACACUUUCGGCGGGAAACAUGCCUCUUGGGCAACAUCUGUCGCGAGUGUCGCGCGUCACAGUUCGUCAUCGUCGAGCAACUUGCGUGGCCACAACGCGUGUUUUUCGAAGAGGUUUAACGUCACAUGAAGAAUAUAACGACGAAUAUAAGAAGCGACAUAAAGUAAGGAGCAGCUGCAUCAUGGCAAUGCUUUCGCCGAGGAAACUCUACAACAACCCAUUUACGAUCUGUAUAGAGGGAAAUAUCGGAAGCGGCAAAACGACGUUCCUGGACCACUUCCAGAGUUUUAAUAAUGCUACAAUCUUGCAAGAGCCGAUGGACUUGUGGCGAAAUGUGGCUGGAGUAAACUUGUUGGAACUCUUCUACAAGGACUCAGUAAAUUAUGCGUUCUUGUUUCAAUCAUACGUUCAAUUAACCAGGCUACAGUUACAUACUAUGGCUACACCAUCGCCGUAUAAAGUUAUGGAAAGAUCCGUGUUUAGCGGAAGAUGCUUCCUAGAAAAUAUGAAGCGUACACAUAUGAUACAGGACGUGGAAGCGAUGGUUUUAGAAAAUUGGUACGAUUGGUGUAUGGAGAACACGAAUAUAAGGACGGAUUUAAUAAUAUAUCUGAGGACAACGCCUGAAGUCGUGUUUCAAAGAAUGCAAGCACGUGCACGCAAAGAAGAGGACUGCGUGUCGUUGGAGUAUCUGAGACAAAUUCACGAAAUCCACGACGACUGGCUCUACAAAAAAACCCUAUUUUCUUUACCGGCGCCAGUUAUGAUCUUAGACGGUGACAAAAGUUUAGAGGAAAUGGUACCGCAAUUCGAGAAAUGUAAAGAUCGAAUACUUAACGAGCAAACUGAUGGCACAACAAACGCCAGAAUAGUUUUAAAUACUAAAGCGUAACGCAAGCAGUUACAUAACAGUAAUGUGUUUAUCUGAGAAUAGCUUAAUUAUAUAUAUAUUAUAGGUAAUUUUCAUAACAAUGUAUAGAGGAGCAAAUCAUAUCAAUCUA